UAAAGUGAUUGUAAACAUGUUAAUCUCUCUUCUUAGACAUGUCAACUUUGACCGUGACAUGUUCAAUGAAUCGCAUUCAAAAUUUAUUUCUUAACACACAAAAAAUGAGGAAAUACAGAAACAGUAUAAAAAUAGAGCAAAGCCGGUGAGCAAAAACAAGAAACACAGAAACAGAACAUAAUCCUCUCAACUGCUUCUUCUUCUUCAAGAAUCUCUCUCUCUCUCCUCCUCCUCAUAAUCCUCUCAACUGCUUCUUCUUCUUCCUUUUUCUUUCACAUCACACAACACAACCACUGUGAUCUUGAUUUGAUACCAAUGACUCUGAAUUACUAUCUAGCGGAGCAUCCAACGAUCGUUAACUUCCGUUGGAGUCCAACCCAAUCCUACGCCUCCACGUGGUCUUUCCUCUUCACCGCCGUCUCAUCUUACGUCAUCGCCGCCGUCACUCUCCACCUCCUCCUCCUCAUAAUCCUCUCCCUCUGUCACCGCCGCCGCGGAUUCUCCCUCGGUCCAAUCCCAGCUCUACACAGCUUAACCAUUUCCAUAGUCUCCGCCGUCAUCUUCGUCGGAAUCCUCCUCUCCGCCGCAGCAGAGAUCAGAGACACGCGCUGGCUAUGGCGUCGCACACGCACCACGGCUCUCCAAUGGUUCCUCUGUUUUCCCGUAGGUACACGCGCUUCGGGGCGCGUGUUCUUCUGGUCAUACGCGUUUUACCUCUCAAGAUUUCUUCACUUGUUCCGUACUUUCUUCUCCGUGAUACGACGUCGUAAGCUCAGCUUCUUUCAGCUCAUUAACCAGUCUUCUCUUCUCUGUAUCUCCUUCCUCUGGCUCGAAUAUUCCCAAUCCUUUCAGGUAGUAGCGAUACUGUUAACGACCGUUUCGUACGCCGUUGUAUACGGUUACAGAUUCUGGACGGAGAUUGGGUUACGUGGCGCGUGUUUUCCGUUUGUCGUUAACUGUCAAGCAAUUCUGUUAGGGUGCAUGACGGUUUGCCACGUAGGCGUACUCUGUAUACACCUGGUCAAACGCGGCGGUUGUAACGGUAUCGGUGCUUGGUUGUUUAACUCUGUUCUUAACGCCGUUAUCACGUUGCUCUACUUGAAGUUUUAUUGCAAGACGCGUUCAAUGAUGAUGACCAAGGCUGUUCACACCACCACAUAAACCCAAUCAUUUUUGUGUUAUUGAAAUCAUCCGGAAAAAAAAAAAAUCAGACUUCAGCUAAAAUAUGAAAACUGGAGAUCAGAUUUUUUUUAUUCUGUUGUUGUUGUAUGAUAUAGAUGGAAUAGGAUUCAUUGUAGUGUUGUUUCUCUCCGACGCAAAAUAUGUAUAUCAACGAAAUCAAUAUAAAUAGUUUUGGAUUAUUGUAGCUUAU